GACGUCAGCGCGUUGUCGGGCUCCGAGAUUCUGCCGGAAGCAUGUGGGGCCGCGGCGCGCUGUUGGGGACGCGAACCCCGUCCCUCGCUUGGGGCCGCGGCUGGUCUGCCGCCGCUCCCUGCUCCGCACCUGCCGAGUCCUCCCGGGUCCGGGCGCUGAUCUAUGGGCACCAUGGGGACCCAGCCAAGGUCGUCGAGCUGAAGAACCUGGAGCUGGCUGCUGUGGGCGGAUCAGACGUCCAUGUGAAGAUGCUGGCGGCCCCUAUCAAUCCAUCUGACAUAAAUAUGAUCCAAGGAAAUUAUGGCCUCCUUCCCAAGCUGCCUGCUGUUGGAGGGAAUGAAGGCGUUGGACAGGUGGUAGCAGUGGGCGGCAGUGUGACUGGGGUGAAGCCAGGAGACUGGGUGAUUCCAGCAAAUGCCGGUUUGGGAACCUGGCGGACCGAGGCUGUGUUCAGUGAGGAAGCACUGAUCGGAGUUCCAAGUGACAUCCCUCUUCAGAGUGCUGCCACCCUGGGUGUCAAUCCCUGCACAGCCUACAGGAUGUUGAUGGAUUUUGAGCAGCUACAGCCAGGAGACUGGGUCAUCCAGAAUGCAUCCAACAGUGGAGUAGGGCAAGCAGUCAUCCAGAUCGCCGCAGCCCUAGGCCUAAGGACCAUCAAUGUAGUCCGAGACAGACCUGACCUCCAGGAGCUGACUGAUAGACUGAAGAGUCUGGGGGCCGAGCAUGUUCUCACAGAAGAGGAGUUAAGAAAGCAUGAGAUGAAAAACUUCUUUAAGGAUAUGCCCCAGCCUCGGCUUGCUCUCAACUGUGUUGGCGGGAAAAGCUCCACAGAGCUGCUGCGACACUUAGCGCCUGGGGGAACCAUGGUGACCUACGGGGGAAUGGCCAAGCAGCCCGUCAUAGCUUCUGUGAGCCAGCUCAUUUUUAAGGAUCUCAAACUUCGAGGCUUUUGGUUGUCCCAGUGGAAGAAGGAUCACAGUCCAGCCCAGUUCAAGGAGCUGAUCCUCACGCUGUGCGGUCUCAUCGGCCGAGGCCAGCUCACAGCGCCCGCCUGCUCCGAGGUCCCACUGCAGGAUUACGAGCGUGCCUUGGAAGCCUCAAUGCAGCCCUUCGUGUCUUCGAAGCAGAUUCUCACCAUGUGCUAAUUGCAGAGGAGCUGGAGUGAGUUGGGAGGGGACAUGGAUCAGCAGGACUGGUUUCCGGCCCCUUAGUCAGGGCUCUCAGCCUUCCCCAGGCUGACCUUUCCUCAUUGUCACUUCCGACUGGGAGGGUUGUGAAACUAGCCAAGGCUUCCCCCAGGGCCAGCCCCAGGGUAUCUAAUAAAGUCUGAACUUCCUAAAAACAAACACAUAUAAACCAA